UCACUAUCACAAGAACAGCAUGGAGGAAACCGCCCCCAUAAUCCACUCACUUCCCUCCCUGGACACAUGGGGACUACAAUUCAAGAUGAGAUUUGGGUGGAGACACAGCCUAAUCAUAAUACCUUGUGUCAGUUCUGGAUGGAGAUCUUCUGUUAGUGCCUCCUUCAUAAAAAUAGGGUUUAAAGAAAUCAGCUACAGCAGCCUGCUUUCAACACCCUGAGUGACGCAAGGCCAUGUUAGACCCUACCAAAGAUCACUCCUCACACCUGGGGCACACAAGGAAAGGAGCGAGGGACUGAGAGGAACAUCCGUCAGCUUCGGCAAGGUCUCAAAAAGAUCAUCACCCACAGAGGCAGAUGUCUCAAGGAAAGACUGUCCUUUGAAUCGGGUCAUGGAAGUUGCUAGCAGGCUGUGGUCCGUGAACUCACAGAAACUAUAAACCAUCCGUGAAGAAGGAAUGGGUGCAUCUGAAGAGUGCCAAAGGGAAAAGUAAGACAAAGACAUGGAGCAGCCUCAAGGGGAUGAAAUGGAUGAAGGGGAGGAAGAGAAGAGAGCCAGAUCUCAGCCCCAAAGCAAAAUGAAAGACCGGCUAGCAGAACUUCUGGACUUGUCCAAGCAAUAUGAGCAGCAGUUCCCAGACGGGGACGAUGAGUUUGACUCGCUCCACGAGGACAUCGUGUUCGAGACGGACCACAUCCUGGAGUCUCUGUACCGAGACAUCCAGGACAUUCAGGAUGAAAACCAGCUGCUGGUGGCCGACGUGAAGCGGCUGGGAAAGCAGAACGCCCGCUUCCUCACGUCCAUGCGGCGCCUCAGCAGCAUCAAGCGCGACACCAACUCCAUCGCCAAGGCCAUCAAGGCCCGGGGCGAGGUCAUCCACUGCAAGCUGCGCGCCAUGAAGGAGCUGAGCGAGGCGGCCGAGGCCCAGCACGGCCCGCACUCGGCGGUGGCUCGCAUCUCGCGGGCGCAGUACAACGCGCUCACCCUCACCUUCCAGCACGCCAUGCACGACUACAACCAGGCCGAGAUGAAGCAGCGCGACAACUGCAAGAUCCGCAUCCAGCGCCAGCUGGAGAUCAUGGGCAAGGAAGUCUCGGGCGACCAGAUCGAGGACAUGUUCGAGCAGGGUAAGUGGGACGUGUUCUCCGAGAACUUGCUGGCCGACGUGAAGGGCGCGCGGGCCGCCCUCAACGAGAUCGAGAGCCGCCACCGCGAGCUGCUGCGCCUGGAGAGCCGCAUCCGCGACGUGCACGAGCUCUUCUUGCAGAUGGCGGUGCUGGUGGAGAAGCAGGCCGACACCCUGAACGUCAUCGAGCUCAACGUACAAAAGACGGUCGACUACACCGGCCAGGCCAAGGCGCACGUGCGGAAGGCCGUGCAGUACGAGAAGAAGAACCCCUGCCGGACCCUCUGCUGCUUCUGCUGUCCCUGCCUCAAGUAGCAGGCCGGCCCGGGCCGCCACCGCCCGUCCCAGACCAUGGAGCGCGCUGGGAAGGACGCACCAAAGCCGGGAGCUCUGCCCUGCAGGGAGUUGCCCCAACUCUUUUCGGAACUCAGUCUUUAGAGAAGAAACGCCAGGUUCGAGAAUUGCAAACCAGCCCGUGCUUGGAAAGAUGGUUAGUUGAUACCAUCCGAUGAUUGUUCAGUAAAGAUAGAUUCCUACAAAGUUGUGCAAUGUCAUUAUAUGACAUCUUGCACUCUUACCCUCUUGACAGAAGCCAAGUAAGGAACUGACGUAUCUGACUGUAGGGUGAAUGUCUGAGGCCUGCCUCCUAACAAAGACUCAAGGAGGAAGUCAAUUGAGCAUCUGCUAAUAGAAUGAACUCAUGAUGGAAACUUCAGUUCAUUUACUUUGUCCUGAAAAUUCCCUGGUUCUGUUCCAUUUUGAGCGAAAUUGGCCUUGGGAAAAACCACGUUUUUCCUUUCCGAUUCUUCAUCCGGUCUACGCUAUGCAAUUCCUCCCCAAAUAUGGAUCUUAUUUCUGCUCAUUUCCCCUACUUAUUAAAAUCACACCAAACACUUACUAUUUUCUUAUCUCUUUCACUUUUUAAAUACCUUUCUCCAGGUUAUAUUUUGGGAUGAUUUUUCUAAAUAUUUUUAAGCACUGAAUAUCGAACAAGCACUCAAAUUGAAGUAUCAGUCAUGUUUUAUGUAUUUUUCACUGAUAAAGAUUAUUUAACAUUUAUCUUUUUACUUGAUUACAUAAUACACAUAUAUAUGUAAAUGUAAAAUACUAAUAUUCACUAAUGUAUGUACAUAAUGAUCAAUUGGUUUAACUUCUUUUAUGUAAGUAUGGUAUAUAAAUUUCAAGAAGAACA